ACGAUAACCGACGAUCGUACAGAAGUGCAAUGUGAGCACUGAUAGGCAUGUGCAUAUGUGUGUACAUACGUAGGAAGACAAAAAGAACACAUAAUAUCAGAACCGGUUGGGAGGUCAAGCAUCAGCAUUGAUUAGUGCGUUGUAGAUAAUGAAAUUAACUAAAAAUUGGAAGCCGCAGUUCCUGGUAUUGCUGCUUCACCUGACAUGUAUAAAGAGCACAUGGGGCUACAAAGUACCCGCUGUCAAUAUUGAGCUAUUAGCUAACGGAUUUCGAGUGUCCAUACCAGAUGAGCGCGAUGUCAAGAGCGUGGCCUUCAAUGUGAACCGUAAUCGAAAUUUUACUGGCUUUGAGCAGGGAGAGUUCAGCGCUCAAGUUCGGGAAUCCCAAAACGGACGUUGGCAACAUGAUUUUGUGCGAUCAGUGAUCCGAGCGCAUGAUAUACUUUACAUUUGGACAAAUGUACAGCAUGGUGCUCUCAUCUAUAGGUCUCCGGGACAGCCACAGGAAGUCUGCCAGCUGUCUGGUGAGCAUCUGCCUGCUGAGUGUACCUAUAGCGGCGAAUCAACGGCUUAUCAGCAGCCAGAGUCAACAACGGAAAACGGUAUAACCAAAGUCUUGCCUAAUGAUGUUAGAUCGCAUUGUCAACAAACUAGCAUCACAAUAGUAUCACCUGCGCCAGAAAAGCCCAUAUGCAAGGGAGAAUUGGUUUUUGAGGAUAAUUUCGACUCUCUUAACGACAGUUGUUGGUUGCAUGAGGUGCGUGCACCUCUUGAUAGCACAGAUGCGGAGUUUGUGCUCUAUGACGGCAAGGCACGUGUGCACAAUGCUCAGCUAAUAGUUGAGCCAAGGCUUUGGUCCAGCUAUCGGCCGGAUCUACAUAUAACCAAUGCCCAUUUGGAUUUGUCAGAUCGCUGCACAGGCACACACAACAGACAGAAGGAGUGCAUGCUAUUGACAAGCGGUCCGCUUAUAAUGCCACCCGUUGUAGUGCCGCGUCUCAGCACCAGAGAAUCAUUUGGCUUUAAAUAUGGGCGUAUUGAGAUACGCGCCAAGCUCCCCAAGGCAGAUUGGAUAAUACCGCUAUUGCUGCUGGAGCCACUAAUAGAGUCGUAUGGUCAAACCGGCUACGAAUCGGGUCAGUUGCGCAUUGCCAUGGCUCGAGGCAACGAUCAGCUGCGUCUUCCACAUGGCAAACUCAUUGAUGGACGCACUUUAUAUGGUGGAGCUGUACUGUCUACAGAAGCAUCUCAACGCGAGGACUUUAUGGUGCAGAAGCGACACAGCGCUCAUUUUGGCGAUGAUUUUCAUAUUUAUUCACUUGAAUGGAGCAACAACAGCUUGCGUUUCUCUGUCGAUGGUCAGGACUAUGGUGAAUUAUUGAAAGGCUUUGCCGACUCCGACUUAAAUGCAAGCUGGCGUCGCGGCGGCGAAAUGGCACCCUUUGAUCGUAUGUUUUACAUAUCUUUGGGUAUCUCUGUUGGUGGCUUUGGGGACUUUGUCGACAAGCUGCGAACAUCAAACUACGAAAAACCUUGGAUGAACAAACACCCGCAGGCAAAACUACAUUUUUGGCAAAGCCAAGACCACUGGCUGCCUACUUGGAAACAACCAAGGCUGCUGAUCGAUUAUGUGCGAGUGUAUGCUCUCUGAUUUUUUAGAAUUUGGGCAUAUAUUAUAUUAUCAUAUAAUAAUAAUAGAAAGUUAUAAUAAUAACAAUAAGCCAUGUCCCCCGUGCCACUGCCUUGUUUAAAUUACCAUUCAAUGAACUAAAUGGAUGUCGUAGGCUGAAUCCCGAGAUAUUUUUUUUAAAUUAGUAAUCGAGCUGCACAAAAAAAAAUCGUAUUUCAAUUAUCAGUUUACCUUUUAAAUAAUCGCUGAAUUUGCAAUGAUUACGAUUACUACAUUAUUUUCAGCUAUGCUAAAUAUA